AUGGCAGAGGUGUGGCAGUGGUGCCAGGGACGUGCCGAGUGUGAUGUGAGGAUGGCAGUGGUGUGGCAGUGGUGCCAGGGACGUGCCGAGUGUGAUGCGAGGAUGGCAGAGGUGUGGCAGUGGUGCCAGGGACGUGCCGGGUGGAUGGCAGAGGUGUGGCAGUGGUGCCAGGGACGUGCCGGGUGGAUGGCAGAGGUGUGGCAGUGGUGCCAGGGACGUGCCGAGUGUGAUGUGAGGAUGGCAGUGGUGUGGCAGUGGUGCCAGGGACGUGCCGAGUGUGAUGUGAGGAUGGCAGUGGUGUGGCAGUGGUGCCAGGGACGUGCCGAGUGUGAUAUGAAGCGCUGUGUGCGCGCAGCAAGGGAUGCAGCGCAUGUGCACAGGAAGCGUCGGCUUGCGUGUGCCUGCGUACCGGAGAAGCACAGCAGCCGGUCUGCGCGCCUAGGAAUACGACGCGUGUGCACGGUGCGUGGUACAGCACGUGUGCGCGGCGAGUGGCGCACAGCGCGUGUGUGCAGUGCGUGGUGCGACACGUCUGCACGGCGAGUGGCGCAGCACGUGUCCACGGUGCGUAGUGCAGCACGUGUGCGUGGCGAGUGGCACACAGCGAGUGGCGCAGCACGUGUGCACAGCGUCUGGUGCAGCACGUCUGCACGGUACGUGUGCACAGUACGUGGUGCAGCGCGUGUGCGCAGCGCAUGUGCAUGCGUGUACGGCGAUUGGCGCAGCGCGUGUGCACGGUGCGUGUGCACGGCGAGUGAUGCAGCACGUGUGCACGGCGAGUGA